AUGAACGUCGGCCGAUGCAUCGCGCUACACAACGAGAUCUUGCGCCACGGUUGGGUUGGCUCAGGCCGCAGUCUAGAGCCUCUCGAAUCCUCCUGCAAGACUUGGUUUGAUACAUUUGACAACAAAGCUGAGGCCUUUCGUGUCGACCUUGUAUCUGAUCUCAUUGGGUUUCUCCAACAUGCUCGAGUUAUCUAUGAUCCAGAGUCCGAAUUCAACGAUCUACUUCUCCUCUACUGGGUGCAAAAUCUUGCUGAGCCGGAUUUCAUGUUUGAGCAGGAAGAAGGUUGGCCAGAUGAGGGCUGGUUCUUGGUACUUUAUGCGGAACAUACUCCAAACCUGCAAUCCUCCCCAGAGAUUUACAUAUGA